AUGUUUUCGGACAACGGUACUACAUUUGUAGGCGCCGAUCGCGAGUUGUCGUCCGCCUAUCGAUCCGCUCUGCGGGACCCGGAGUUCCUGAACCGAAUCGCCAGUGACAACGUCAACUGGCAGUUUAUUCCGCCUUCCGCUCCCCAUUUCGGAGGACUCUGGGAGGCCGGCGUGAAAAGCGUCAAGCAUCAUUUGAAUCGCGUUCUCGGCUCUCACACGCUGUCGUUUGAAGAGAUGACUACCCUCCUAUGCCAAAUCGAGGCGUGCCUUAAUUCGCGACCGAUUGCGCCUUUGUCCGACUCGUACGACGACUAUCAAUUCCUCACGCCUGGACAUUUUCUUAUCGGUUCGUCCAUUACCGUUGCACCUGAGCCGUCGGUUCUAAACCUCCAAACGAAUCGUCUUUCCCGCUGGCAAAUGGUCCGCCAGAUCUCGGAACGCUUUUGGAGGCUGUGGUCUGACGACUACGUCAACACCCUCCAACAGCGUGACAAAUGGCGUAAACCAAUGCCUGGCGUGUCAGUGGGACGACUCGUGUUUCUCCGCAAUCCACUCCUUCCGCCAUGCAAGUGGGAGCUCGGCCGUAUAACCCGAUUGCAUCCAGGGCCUGACGGCCUAACCCGAGUAGUCACAGUGAAAACCGCCGCUUCGGAGUUCGUUCGCCCGAUAGGAAAAAUUUGUGUCCUACCGGUCGGGGGCUCUGAGGACGGCGUCGAGUGA